AGAGAGAGAGAUCCCCUGCACCCGCAGCAUCCCAAGCAUCACUUCAUUACUCUCCAUCAUUCAUCGCCAGCUUCCUCCUUUCUUCCUUCCUCGCAUAGAAAACCCAAGCAGCGCUGGUCCCCUCCCCAGCUCUUCUUGAGCUGCUUGAUCGACCAGUCAGUGCCUGGCCUCUCGCACGGAGGAAGCUGCCACAUCCAUCCAUGGAGGCCGAGGACGACCAGCCUGCCGCCGGGUACCGGCACGGGCCGCCGUGGGUGUUCAAGGGCAGCGCAUUGUACCAGCUGCAUUUGGUGAAGGCGGCCACGGCGCGGGCGUUCGUGCCCAAGGAGCUGCGCCUGGUGGAGGCCUUCGGCUACACGCUCGGCGGCAUGUUCCUGGCGCGCUACCACGACAGCCCCGCCGGCCAGUUCGACGAGCUGGUGGUGAUCGCCGGCAUUGUGUGGAAUCCGCCGACUUCCUGCGCGUGGGCUGCCCGGGUGCUAGUAAACAGCGCUGAAGCCUGCCGGCAUGGACGCAAGGAAGUAGGGCUUCCAAGCCAUGUCGCGGCAUUCUCACAGACCGAAGAUUCUACGCUCAGAAAUAAACCAAACAACUUCCUCAACAUUCUCGGAAUGGGUUCAGGCUUCUCCAAGCAAGAGAAUUACCGGCGCAUUGAGAUCAAGGAGGCCUCGGGCUCAUCAUCAAGGCAUUUGUGCAACAUCAGUCUGCCUCUCAACGAAGGGUCAAGAGGAUCACAUAAACGCAGCAAGUGGAUGGGUCCGGCAAUCAAAAUGUCCCUCCCAAGCUUCAGCGGCCAGACAGAGGACCAUCCUGAGCUUCUCAAGUACUCCUGCAAAGUAGAGUGCAGGGUGCGGCCGGUGAGUCCAGCUAAGAUCUGGAGCCCUAAAACCGCUGAACCACAGGAGUGUUCUGACGGCAUGAACAGCAGCACCGGAUCAUCGGAUUCAGACGCGCAAAAACAAAGCCUCCUGGUCUUGCUAUCCAGGCCCAUCUUGGCUCUGGAGUUCAGCUCCCUGCGGAUGCACGUCGAUGCGCCGAAAAUUGUCGCUCCGCACCCCAAGAAGAAGGAAGUCAGAUACUCCAGUACCUGAAUCUCAUGCCACACCAUGGUUCAGAAGACACCAGCUCUGGCCAGUAGACUUGGGCAGCAUUCAUCUGUUGUUCUUUCAUUUGUUCAUAGGUUGCAAGUAAGACUGUGCAGCUGGAUACUGUGAAGCCUGCUUGCUGAAUUCAUACAUAGUUUGGCAUAGAUUGGUUUAUAUGAGAAACAGCAACAGGGGAUACUUUUAUCAGAACAUUUGCAGUUACUAGUAGUAAUACAAAAUAUGGGCGAAUUAGCAGAUAAGAUAUACACGAAAAGCAAUUGUUCCAGAAUUA